AUGAAGAGGCACCGACCUCAGUUCGGUCACAUGGCUAAUGGAAGCUUCGUCGAAGUACAACAGGAUACGGAACACAAUUUCGAAGCCACGUUCGUCGAAUGCACCGACGGUCACCAUCGACCACCGUGUCAUGGAAUUGACACAGUUAUGUGCGUGAUUGUUGUCUUCUUUAUGAAUGUCACAGAAUGCUAUUUGAGUCGACUUUCCUUGCAAUCAUGGAGACAGCCGAGCGUUCCCUUGUGGACUGGAGGAGAACAAUCAUAUAGAGCCGAAGCAGAACUUUGA